UCCCGGCGGAAAUGUUUCUCCUCUGCACACGUGAUGACGUGGCGCUGCAAACAUGGCGGCGGACAUCACUCUGCUGUUCAGAGCCAGUGUGAAAACUGUGAAGACUCGCAAUAAGGCGCUUGGGGUGUCCCUGCCAGAGACAGAUGUGCUGAGGAAGAACCGGCCCCGGGGGACGUUCAGUGCCAGAGCCCGGGAUGUGAUCAGUAACAUUGGGAAACUAAAGGAUUUUCUCCUGGAGCACAGGAAGGACUAUAUCAAUGCCUGCAGUCAUGUGACCUCAAAGUAUUCCCGUAUGACUGACACAGAACGCGAUCAGAUUGAUCAGGAUGCGCAGACGUUCAUGAGAACCUGUUCUGAUGCUAUCCAGCAGCUGAGAACAGAAGCAAGCAAAGAUACAGUUUCACCUCAGGUGAAAGCACAUAGAAAUGCCGUCUUGGAUUUCAUUGCAGACUAUUUAAAAAGAGUGUGUAAGCUAUACUCGGAGCAGCGAGCCAUCAGAGUCAAACGCUUGGUGGACAAGAAAAGAUUAUCAAGGUUAGAACCAGAACAGAUCCACAAAGCGAAGACAUUGCCCUCAAUAGAGACGAUUACCUUUGUGAAUACAGAAGGAAAGGAGGAAGGCAAGCCAGCAGGAGAAGAAAAUACAGAGAGGACGGUGUCUGACACUCAGAGUACUUCAGGUCUUUGGGAUGACAGUCUAGGAGAAGAUGAAUUGUCCCCAGAGGAGAUUCAAAUGUUUGAGCAGGAAAACCAGAGACUUGUCAGCGAGAUGAACAGUCUUUUCGAUGAAGUAAGGCAAAUAGAAGGCAAGGUGGUUGAAAUAUCGCGACUGCAAGAAAUAUUCACAGAGAAGGUUCUGCAGCAGGAAACAGAGAUUGACAAUAUCCAUCAGCUCGUCGUGGGCGCCACAGAAAAUAUCAAAGAAGGAAAUGAAGAUAUACGAGAGGCUAUAAAGAACAAUGCAGGCUUUAGAGUAUGGAUCCUUUUCUUCCUAGUCAUGUGUUCAUUCUCUUUACUCUUCCUGGACUGGUAUGAUAGUUAAUAAAUGAGCUGUGCCUCGUAGCUACAACUUCAUUUGAACAUUGUUAAAUCAUUAAGAAAAUGCCACAUCUUCGUUGUCCUUCUUCCUCCACAUUAGUCUGGAUAUGUUAAUAAAUGUCACUUCCAAUAAUGAGGUCAUGAAGAGUGUCUACAAGUGAUUAACUGGAAGAUAUUGAGCUGUUUGCAUUACACGGGGAAAAGCCAGACUCGCUGACUGCUUCUACACUGAAAUUGUUAAAGGAACAAUAACCUCCAAGACACUCUUUUUUUUUUGCCUAA